AUGGGAAGAAACAAUAUUUCUGGCUGCAUUAAAUUUUCCACUUUCCCAUGGCUGCCUUUGACUCCAACAGACAGACAUGUUAUGUCAUCAACUGAAAACUCACUACACAGUGGAGACCAGACCAUGGUGAUAAGUGCAUGUGAGUUUCUUAGUGAUGUUGUCUUCUUGGAUUUUCCUGCUGAGGUCUUUCUGCAACGACCUAGCAUUGUCAAGAUUUUGUUACAACUGCUGCAAGUGCCCAGUGAGGGUGGGACAUCAGGUGUUGUGACAGCUGCAGUGAAAACACUACGAGACCUUUGUGUCCAUCUGCAGCACAGGAUCCACUUUUAUCAGGAUCCAACUCUGUAUACACCAAAAAUAGACUUUGGGGCAUCUCCUCCAUCAAGUGUUGCAUCUCCUAGCAAUCAGACUCUUAAUUCUUCUGAUACAAGACCAUCUGUGAUUGGUCGAAGUGAUACCCGUAACCAGGGUGAUGGUCAAGAUAGAGAUACUUCGCCAUCAGAUAGUUCAAGACCAGUGUCCCCUCAGGAGGACCAAGACAUGGGUAAUCACCAGCAGGAAGACACAGAUGUUGACGAGAUGGACGCCCUGCAGUUCUCUCAACUGACCCUUCCACAGUGCUGUCUCCGGACACUGACCAGGGCUGCCCCCUUGCUGCGAACUGACCGCAAGGACACCCUGGUGGAUGUAGCUCUCUUGAUGGACGAGAGUUUGGAUGUACUGGGGCUGAGUCUCACAGGUCAGGUGUGGACAGAUGGCAGUAUAACAGCUAGAGAUAUGGUUGAGAAGUUACAGGAAUUUUUACAAAUCCUUGGUGAAGUCUCCAGUUACCAUCACCACCAGUCUGGCACCAGUGGUGACAAGGAGCAGCACCGCCUUGGCUUCCUGGUGGUCAGCGUAUUCCUGCACAAGUUCCUCAAGCUGUUGGUGCCAAUUGAACAGGCUCAGUCUGUGAUCUCGGAGCACCUGAGUCAGUCAGUGAGCUGGAUAGUGUUUGAUGAGGCGCUGUCCCAGAGUCUCCCUGCCCUCAGACCUGCUUUCCUGCCUUACCUGGAGGCUGUGGAUGGAGAGGGGUACCAGAGGUUCCUGCAGGCUGAGACCAUAGUGGUGUCCAUGCAGAAGACUUGCCAGUUCUUACUGAACUGCCAGAACAGGUGUGAUCAAGAUGCCACAGAGCUGAUACAGAUUGCAGAGGACUCCCUGCCCAGUCUUCCAUAUCACUGUAACCUCACACUGGUGGAGGAGUAUGUCAGACUGUGCUCUGAUGUCUGCAGUCCAGUCAAUGCCAGUCCAUUAAUGAUGACCAACAGUAGGAAGGUGCUCCUGGAAGUCCUUGCCCACUCUCUGGUGGAGGUGAAGCUGAGGGCAUACUCUGUAUGUCUGGCACUGGUCAAGGAUACUCUUCAUAUUGAUGGCCCCUGCAAGCCGUCCAGUUGUCAGAAAAUCCUGUUCUUGUUGGACAGACAUGUUCUGUAUGAAAUCUGCUGCUUUGGGAUGGAUGAUGCUAAUGAAAGGGUCUUGGGUGUGGCACAGCAGGUAGUCUUGUACCUCCUUCAGAGUCAGCUGCUAAUGCCUGAUCAUAUAUGGAGCAGACUGAUGCAGAUUGUGGCUGCUAUAAUGCCAAUAUUACAGGGUUAUGCUGGUUUGCAGAGCCCCCUAGGGAGCAGUAUUCGUAGCCUGUGUGAGGUCACUCCGUCUCCAGUGAAGGGAACGUUGCCCAAACUAGAGAGGUUCAGGGGUGUUCUCAGAAUGAUGUUUUCCAAAGAUGUCAGGACCAGAGCAGAGGCGCUGUCCAAGCUGGCCUGGUUUCUCUCAGAUGAGGAGGACAGCGAGAAGAAGCUCCCAGUCUUCACAGAACUAGAUGUGGCUGGGCUGUCAGACCUGUAUGUCAUCAGGGAGCCUAGAUACCUAGAAGAUUCUGAUGAGGCUGGGCGCUCUGUUUUCCAGGUGGACAGCAUGAUGAAAGUUGUCAAUAUUCUCAGAUCUCCAUCAGUGGAUAUUGGAGUGAAAAAGUCUGCACUAGACCAGCUAGCUAUUAUGUUACAAGAUACCAGUCUACACAAAGUGUUCAGGGAAGAGGGAGGGCUGGAGAUGGUGCUGGACAGUAUGAAGACGGCUGUGCUCAAAGAAAACAGUACAGCUCAGUUUUCUGAGACCAUCUUUCUGCCAGCCUGUGUGACCUUGUUACGACACCUGGUCCAUUCCGACUACCAUCUCCGUCACCAGUUGGCGCAUGAAUCACAAACCUAUUACAUGAUAGUCAGAGCAUCUAUCCUCCACAACAAGAAUGAGCAAGUACAUUAUGAUGUUUCACACCUCUUGCUGUUGUUGUUAUUUGAUGAAGUGGCCAGCAUAGAUGUCUGGUCAGUUGCUGUGGACUCUUCCCCCAAGAAGUCAGUUCAGUGUUUCAGUCUCCCAGCCUUCAUGGCACACAGGUACCACCUCCCUUUCAAACCCAUUACCCACCAUGUGAUCAGCCAGCACAGGAUUGACCUAGUUUCCAGCACAGACCCCCUGCAAACAGGACCCCCUGCAGAGAUGCUAAAAAUAGCCUGGAAUGUGGCCUGGCAUGGAGAUAUGGAAAGUUUGAUGGUAGAUUUGAGGAAGAAAAAGGAAGAGGAAAAGGAGACUGAGUUUUCUGCCAAGUUACAUUUAACACCAGCAGACAGAGCCAUACUGGUGACCACCCACCUGAUCUCUGCCAUCCAGCAGUGCCUGUACAGCAUGUGUAAUGCCACAUCCCACACUGAAGUCAGCCAGGCCCUGGGGAGACUGAAGACCUACAUGACAGUGUACAGAGUGCAUGGACUGGGUGCAGAGAUACUGUACAGGUUAAAAUGGAGAGAGGCCAUUGGAAGAUUCCUUCAGGUCAUUCCAGCGUCAUCUUUGGAUGAGUCACUCUUGAUGGAAAUUCUCUCUUUUUUAAAUCUGAUGUUGGAAGCAGGCCCAGUGCCUCGGGCAGAGCAAGUGUGGCUUGGAGAUCUCUUGGUUAAAAAGAAGGGGGCGCUGCCAAACAUGAUAAGCUUACAGGAUGGCAGACAACAAGACGGGGAGGGGGACCAUGUGGAUGAUAUUACUAGGUUGCUAAGGAAAGAAGUGCUAUGCUUUGUACGAAGAUUUGUUAAUAGGCUGCCUCAGAUGAUAGCUAAGACAUCCUUGAAAACUUGGCUCAGAGGAGAUAUUGUACGUAGUCUUCUUCUGAGGUUAAACUUGGCAGAUGCGCCACAGUUUUACAAUCUCCCUUCCCUAGAGAGCACACUGCCAUGCUUGACCAAUGUGACAGCAAGACCAGGUUGGAGUUCUGGAUGUAAAGACACAGAUAGCAGCACUCUCUGCCUGCAGCUACUGAACUGUUUACUGGAGGUACUCUCAGCCUUUCACAUAGGGCGUGGAGGGAUGUCGAUGUCGUACAUGGGGCGUGGGGUGACCAGGAAUGCCACACUGUGUCUGCGCCACCUGGCAUAUGAAAUGUCUGACCAAAGCACAGAGGAGGACUGGCCCAAGUGCUGGCUGUUCACCAAGCAGCUCCCAGAACACCCCAGCACAGACCCUGCCUACAACUGGCUGAUACCACUGUGGACAUACAGAGACCCAGAGGUCCGUGCUGCAGGUCUUGGCAUAGCUGUAGCCUUGACAAGCACAGAGGCGGGCCGUAUCACCAUGACAACACAUUGCCAACAGCUGAUUGGUGGAGUUUGGGGAGCAGCUUUUUCUGUUCUCCUGGACCAUUAUGAGUGUAGCAUGGUGAGACAACAGGCUGCCUUAUUGCUGGUCAACCUCACCUCUGAUACUAUGCCAAGUGGCAGUGUGGAACUAGGAGCUAAUAUAUGGCAAGGACCUGUCAUAACUAGCCCACAGAAUCAGGUGGCGCUGGUGGGGACCUCAGCCCUGAUGGCUCUCCUCCACCACAGUCACUUCUACCAGGAGAUGGUGGUCCUACUGUCCAGUUACUACCCCUAUAUCACCGUCCACCCCAUCAAAGUGGCCUCCAACUCACCUGGGCAGGUAUCCACAGCCUCUCAGUCCACUCUCACUACUUCAGAGUCUGGGACACCUGUCCCUGGAGUGGCCACUCAAUUUGGGCGCCCUGCGGCCCACGCCGUGGUAGUAGAACAAGCAUACAGUAGCCCAUCACAGCACAGCUCACACCAUGACUCUCCUGUGACUGGCUCUAGUGGACAACCUGCAGACAGCAGCAGUCCGUCCACCUACCUGUCCAGGGGCAGUGCUGGGGACUACCAGAGUAUAGCCACCCCCUCUCUGGUCUCAGCGGUCAGUCAGCUGCUGACCAACUUGGUGGUCCUAAUGCCCCAGGACACCCUGGACUGCUUGAAGAAGGAGGGACUGCUCAGGGCAUUGGUCAGUUUGACAGACCCUGACUUACUAGCAGUGUACACCAGAGACAUGCAGCAGUCCAAAACUCCCUCCUCCUCCUCCUCCUCCUCAGGGUCCAGUGAAGAUGAGGGUAUGCUGCGACAGCUGGUCAUCCUGGCUGGUUUGGUGGAGAUGUACACCAGUAUCCUACAGCUGGUCACUCACUGCUGUGAACUGGACGCUGAGGUCAGGGAGGAGAUACUGCAGGAGGCAGUCAUACUGGACGGUACUCUUAGGCUGCUGGGGUAUAAUAUUACAGACUCUCUGGCCUUAUUACUGGAGUUCUGUGAGUCUGAGCACAGCCAGGCAGCCUCCAGUGCUCUGAUGGUUCUAAGAAACAUGUGCCAUCACUCUGCCAAUAAACCCAAGAUUCUGGGAAAUGAGAAAGUGGUGCCUUGCUUGUUGAAGUACUUGGAAACCAACCUUGAUGUCGGGGAUGCCACUGUUGCUAUGUCUGCACUCUGGGCUCUGGUCUAUAAUAAUCAAAAGGCCAAAGCCACACUAAAGAACAGCAAUAUGUUAAGAAAGCUGCAGAAGGCCUACAGCACAGUUGAGACCAAAGGCUGUGGAAGUCCAUGGAGAGAACAACAGCAGGGCUACAUGGAAGCCAUUCUCUCCACCAUUGAAGAGUAAUGCUGGAUGCCAGGUUUAGACAUCAGAUGUACAUAGUACAUGUAGUUGGUAUUAAUUUAAGAUAUCUUUAAUUUUGGUGUGCUUCCGACUGAGAUAAAAAUGUACAGGUCCACUUGUAAGGAAACUACUGGCCUAAAAAUUUGUCCAUGUUACCCUGUUUCUGCAAGCACUUGCCUUGCUAGUAUAUGUAUAACGUGUGACCAACUAUAAUAAUGUAGUCCAGUAAUGGACUUUAAAAACUUUAUUUUGUGUCAAAUAGUUGGCCAAAUAUUACCCUUAUGAAAUUUAGAAGUCAAAUUGUUUUUAUAUUUUCUUAAAAAUAUUUUCUUUGUUGAUGUUUAUAUAUUAGUUGUCCUUAAAACACACAUGAUGUGUUGUUAUCAUUUAGCGAUCAUUUGUUUUUCACAUAAGGUCAGAUAUCCUAACCCAGCACUGUCUUGCGUGCCUGGUGUACUGCAAAGGUUAAUAUUACAUGGCUAUCUUGGCCAUCUCUCUCUUCUUGAGGACAAUCACCUAUUAUUUGUAUCUGCUGGCUAGGUAUUUUCACACGAUACUUUCACUGUGUGGUUUUUGAUUAUAAUCAUGGGGCUUUGAGUCACUUCAAUAAAAGGGGUGGAAGUUAUAGAAGUUAUGCCCAGAUUAAUAGAAAGACCAUUAGUAAGGUCUUUAAUUGUACCUUAAAUUU